CGGGCGAGAGCAGCCGGAAGUGGAAGACCGUCUCCCGUCAGUCCGGUGUUUACGCGCGGCGGACGAGCAGCCGUCCUUCCUGUAGCGGCUUCCCGGCCUCGCCGCCCACCGUCACCAUGUCGGGCUCCAGCAGCGCCCUCAUGAAGCAGCCCCCGAUCCAGUCCACGGCGGGGGCCGUGCCAGUCCGCAACGAGAAAGGGGAGAUUUCCAUGGAGAAGGUGAAGGUGAAGCGGUACGUCUCGGGGAAGCGCCCCGACUAUGCGCCCAUGGAGUCCUCCGACGAGGAAGACGAGGAGUUCCAGUUCAUCAAGAAGGCCAAGGAGCAGGAGCUGGAGCCCGAGGAGCAGGAGGAGGAGCUGGCCAGCGACCCCCGGCUGCGCCGCCUGCAGAACCGAGUCAGCGAGGAUGUGGAAGAGAGGCUGGCAAGGCACCGCAAGAUUGUGGAGCCAGAAGUGGUGGGGGAGAGCGAUUCUGAAGUGGAGGGUGAAGCCUGGCACGUGGAGCGUGAGGACACCAGUGAGGAGGAAGAGGAAGAGGUGGACGAUGAGGAAAUUGAGCGUCGACGUAAUAUGAUGCGCCAACGUGCUCAGGAACGCAAGAAUGAGGAGUUGGAAGUGAUGGAACUGGAAGAUGAAGGCCGUUCUGGGGAGGAGUCUGAAACUGAGUCUGAAUAUGAGGAGUAUACAGAUAGUGAAGAUGAAACUGAACCACGUCUUAAACCUGUCUUCAUUCGCAAAAAGGAUCGAAUCACAGUCCAGGAACGAGAAGCAGAGGCACUGAAACAGAAAGAACUGGAGCAAGAGGCGAAACGUAUGGCUGAAGAGAGGCGCAAGUACACCCUGAAGAUUGUAGAAGAAGAAGCCAAGAAGGAAUUGGAGGAAAACAGGCGUUCUUUGGCAGCCCUUGAUGCUUUGGAUACGGAUGAUGAGAAUGAUGAAGAAGAGUAUGAAGCUUGGAAAGUGCGAGAAUUAAAGCGAAUCAAGCGAGACCGUGAGGAACGUGAAGCGAUGGAGAAGGAGAAAGCAGAGAUUGAACGGGUACGGAAUUUGACUGAGGAAGAACGCCGGGCUGAGCUCCGAGCCAAUGGCAAGGUCAUCACCAAUAAGGCUGUGAAGGGCAAAUACAAGUUCCUGCAGAAAUAUUACCACCGCGGUGCCUUCUUCAUGGAUGAAGAUGAGGAUGUAUACAAAAGGGACUUCAGUGCACCAACUCUAGAGGAUCACUUCAACAAGACAAUCUUACCUAAAGUCAUGCAGGUGAAGAACUUUGGGCGUUCUGGACGGACUAAAUAUACCCACCUGGUGGACCAGGACACAACUUCCUUUGACUCUGCUUGGGGGCAGGAGAGUGCCCAGAAUACGAAGUUCUUCAAACAGAAGGCAGCUGGCGUGCGGGAUGUCUUUGAGAGACCUUCUGCUAAGAAGCGGAAAGUGACUUGAGUGGGAAGGAUAAUCCAGUUCCCUUUUAGCUCUGGCUCAACUGCUUUGUUACUAGGGACCACAAAAUAGUUUCAUUGGCCUGAAUUGACUAAGCUGGUGCUGGUUCAGCUUAAUAGACUCUCCUUUAGAUCUUUUGCAAUCCCAUUUCUAAUUUUGACCGACUAUAAUAAAGACAACUGCUCUUUAUAGGAACACUGUUAACAUAGUGAGGAGGGACAAACUUAAAUGAUCCAUAAUUUACUAAAUGAACCAUAUGAACAUCAUACAAACAUCGUUUUAGUGCUUGCGUGAAGCCGGUUUGUCUUCUAACAGGAAAAAGCCCCCUCCUUGUUCUGCUCUUAUUGAACAAUGGCAGCAUCAGAGGAUUGUUUGCAAAUAAAAUAGCAUUACAGCUUGUACAAAAUUCACUUUCCAGAUUGUAUUGUAUUGUUCCAUUUUUAUUUUGGAAUCUGUUGAUCUCACAGUGCCAGGGUUGAUUUUAUAGCUGCAGUUUGGGAAAUGGAACAGCUGGCCCCACUGAAUUCAGUAAAACACCACUAAAAAGGGUACAAGUAAUGAUAAAGUUGGAAUAAAGUUUAUUUUUCCUAUCUCCAGAUGUUCCUCUUUACCUAAAAAGCGCAAUCACAAGAAUCCAAUAGCCCUUUUCUGAUUUUCUUUGCAUUUUAU